UUUUUCUGUUAACGUUAUCAACAAUGGGAGCUCAUUUUGUGUGAGCAGCCUUUACUUCCGGUGUCCUUGUAAGAAAAUGGCGUCCUUCAGGUUUAUGCAAGUGGUGAGGCAAUUCAGCUCCACUACUGCUGUGAAUGGUAAACUUGUUACUGCUCCAAUCCAGCUUUUUGGUACUGAAGGUCGCUAUGCACAUGCCAUGUAUUCAGCUGCCACCAAGCAGAAACAGUUGGAUACUGUUGAAAAAGAUCUUGUUUCUUUUCAGGCAUUACUGCACAAAGAUGUGCAGUUAGCAGAGUUUAUUUCCAAUCCAUCACUUAAGAGACGAGAAAAGAAAGCUGCUUUGGAAAUGGUUCUAAAGAAACUGAAGUAUUCAACUUUAACGGCAAAUCUAUUUGGCAUCUUGACAGAAAACGGGAGGAUUAACAAAAUUGAUGGCGUUAUUUCAGCGUUCAAUAAGAUCAUGAGUGCACACAGAGGAGAAGUUAUGUGUACAAUCACAACUGCUAAGCCAUUGGAUAAUGCCAGUUUAAGAGAGGUAAAAGAAGCACUAAACCUUUUCUUGAAGAAAGGAGAAGUACUACAGUUGGAUACAAAGGUUGACCCUUCAUUGAUUGGAGGAAUGGUUGUAACCAUUGGAGACAAGUAUGUGGACAUGUCGAUGGCAACAAAAAUAAAAACAUACACCAAUCUGAUCCAAGAAACUGUAUGAAAUGUUUUGGAAGAAAACCGUCUCCUGUGUGAUUGUGUAUAUUAUUAAAUAGUAUGGACUCAAACUGACAGAACCAACUCUGUAGAUAAAAUCAUGUAAUAAAAUAUUAUAAUAGAGAA